AUGAAGUCUACAAGGGUGCAAGUAAAACCUAUUGCAAAUUCAAGUAUUGGUGAUGAUAGGGAGAGGGUGGAGGCAGCUAUCUUUUUCUUACGUUGUCAGGAAUGGAUGACAAGGAAAUACAUCGAAGAGAUACGUAUAAUGUACCUUAAGCCACUGGAUGAAUUGUGUAGCGGGGGAAAGCGGGCCGUUGAAUUUGUAAGUAAAUCAAUGGAAUCUUCAAGCGAUCGCUCAACAGACGGAGCGAAUGCUGCGAAUAAAGUUGAUGGCACUGAGGGCAGUCACGUGAAAGUUGCCGAGAAACUACAGCAAGCGUUGAAAACUCUGCAACAAGAUGAUGUGGAAAUGACACAAGGUUAUCGGCCAUUAACUCGUGAAAAAACAGUUUCAUUAGCUGACUGUUGCGCAUUGUAUCGGUUGGAGACAAACCUAAAGGCAAUGGAAGAGCUACUGGAUAUACAAGCAAGCUUGGAUAAAUGGUUCGAGAAUAAUAAAGCUAAUGUGGCCAAACACAAGGAAUUAUUAAAAAAUUUGUUAACUAAUGCUCUUACCAAUUUUGAAAUGGCAUAUAUAAUCACCGAGUUAUUUGCUAUUCCACAAGUGUCGCUACAAGAAAUCCAGAAAAAUAAACCGGAAUAUAGCAAAUACAUUCGAUCAAAUAUUGGCGCAAGGAACAUCGCCAUUAUCAACAAGCCACUAAAUAAGGGAAUUAUUACGAAAGACUACAUAAAAAAACUUGAAGGACAGAUCAAUCAUUUUAGGACAGUAGUGUAUGAAAUUGCAAAGAAUCUCGAAAUUAUUACUGAAACAGUUGCUGCGAAUGUUCGAGACCAUCAUUUGGAAGUAAACAUAAAACAGAUAGCAGUAAUUGUCAAUAAUUUGCCGCCUAGAUAUCGCUUUCCAGAAACAAUUUACCUUUCACCUUUUGCAAAAAAACUGCUGACAAAUGCACCUACGAGUCCGAACGAAGAAGAUUUGUUUGGCAAUUUUGUUAGUAGUUUCUUCAGGCAAAUUCCAGUUUAA